AUGACAGCUUUUACUCUUCCCGUUCAUCUCCGUCUCUCUGCUUCUUCUUCUUCUUCAUCAUCAUCGCCUCAACCCUUCCCACCACCUAUUCACAAACUUCCAAACACAGGCAAGUCAGCUCUUUGCUUUCUUCAUAUACAUUCAUCACCUCCUCAAACUAUUCAAGUUUGCUCCAAGAAAAAUGCAAAAUCAAGGCUCAUUUCCUGCUCUGCUCAGGCUCAACCUCUGCAAGAGCAGAAGGUGGAGUCCGGUAGCGAUGUUGUAAGAGAAAGAAGUGUGUCGGUUGUCCUGUUGGCCGGUGGCCAGGGCAAGAGGAUGGGAAUGCAAAGGGAAAUUAUCAAGCAGAACUCAAAUUUGCACUGCCUGGAAAAGAAAGACAAGAUUCUGUUUACAAUGGCCUUCAGGAAUGCUGUUGAUCCAAACUCUGAGCUUGUUUGCAUUCAUGAUUCUGCAAGACCUUUGGUGUUAUCAAGAGACGUUAAAAAGGUCCUUAAAGAUGGAUUAUUGAAUGGAGCUGCGGUUCUUGGUGUCCCUGUGAAAGCCACAAUCAAAGAGGCAAACCGUGAAUCAUUUGUCGUUAAAACACUGGACAGGAAAACGCUAUGGGAGAUGCAGACCCCACAGGUUAUUAAGCCUGAGUUGCUGAGGAAAGGCUUUGAGCUUGUAAAUAGAGAAGGUCUUGAAGUUACUGAUGAUGUGUCAAUUGUGGAGCACCUUAAGCAUCCUGUUUACAUCACCGAAGGAUCUUAUACCAACAUUAAGGUUACUACGCCUGAUGACAUGUUACUGGCAGAGAGAAUAUUGAAUAUAAAUCCUGAAGAAAAUAUAGUUUUGCCAAUUCACCUUUGA